UCCUUUUUUUUAGGGUUUCGGUUAGGGGACGUUUUCUUCUUCGCCUCUGUGUUUGGUGGAUCAUUCUCUGUCUUGUUUUCGGCACUUUGGGCAGUGGAAUCUCUUUUUUCUUGUUCGAUUUGGCCUCGUUUUUUUUUCUGAUCUGGUUCGUGCUUUGAUUUUCUGUGAGGAAAAUGGCGGCCGUUGAGUCCCCGAGAGAGGAGAAUGUGUACAUGGCCAAGUUGGCCGAGCAGGCCGAACGCUACGAGGAGAUGGUUGAGUUUAUGGAGAAGGUAGCGAAAACUGUGGACGUCGAGGAACUCACGGUUGAGGAACGGAACUUGUUGUCUGUCGCUUACAAGAAUGUCAUCGGAGCCCGGAGAGCCUCAUGGAGGAUUAUUUCCUCCAUUGAGCAGAAGGAAGAAAGCCGUGGUAACGAGGAUCACGUAGCGGCGAUUAAGGAGUACAGGGGAAAGAUCGAGGCCGAGCUUAGCAAGAUCUGUGAUGGCAUAUUGCGCCUUCUUGAAUCCCAUCUCAUCCCGGCUACUACUGCUGCUGAGUCGAAGGUGUUCUAUCUCAAGAUGAAAGGGGAUUACCACAGAUAUCUGGCAGAGUUUAAGACUGGUGCUGAGAGGAAAGAAGCUGCUGAGAGCACUUUGCUGGCUUACAAGUCUGCACAGGACAUUGCUCUGGCUGACUUGGCUCCGACCCAUCCAAUUAGACUUGGACUUGCCCUUAACUUUUCAGUGUUUUACUAUGAAAUUUUGAACUCACCUGACCGAGCUUGCCACCUAGCAAAGCAGGCUUUUGAUGAAGCAAUCUCAGAAUUGGACACGCUGGGUGAAGAAUCCUACAAGGACAGCACCUUGAUCAUGCAGCUUCUACGUGACAAUUUGACUCUCUGGACCUCCGAUAUACAGGAGGAUGCUGGAGAGGAGAUCAAGGAGGCUGCACCAAAAGCUGAUGCAGGAGCCGAUGGGCAGCAGUGAUAUGUCAAAUGUCAUGCAGAAAUGACCUCUGUCCUGUUUUAUUCCAUGAAAUCAUUUUAUGUAUUGCUGUUGGGAUAUUUAUAGGGUCUUGACCGCACAUGUGAACCGUUUUACCUACCAGUUGUUUUUUUAUACCUAGGAAAGAGACGUGAUGAUUCCCUUGCCUCAGGAGCCGCCCAGAUUGAGGUGGCUGGGUGGUGGGCGAGGGGAUAAAGGUUAGUUUCAGAAGAAGCUGAUUGAUCCCUUUUUUCUUCUUAAUGUUAGCCAAGCAAGGGUCGUGUAAUUGUUGAACGACAUUAUUACUUAGUUGUUGCAUUUUUACAGAGUCUGCGUGUAGCGAUGCAACAGGAGUCUGCGUGUUGCAGAUCUUUUUUCCUAUUGAUGUAUUGCCCUGCUUUGCUGCGUUUAAAAGCGUCUAUGCUACUUUCUUUGUUGAGAAUAUACAGGACGUGCGUGCUUUCUUCUUUUC